AUGGAGACAGCAAACAACUCUUCCGUGAUCCCCUCCAUGCAGGACUUGUUCCUGGUGCUGCCUAGGCUGGCGCAGAGGGCGGGAUCGUUCGGAGUCGGGCUGUUCCACAUGCCAGAAGCCAUGGAGGGCAUCGCUGGCAAGAUCAUGAACGGAGGCAGUAUCAUAGCAGACGCGACAGGGCAGCACACGACAGCGAACUCGACCAUCACGAACACAAGCAUUGCAUUCGCCCAGAACACAGCAUCCACCCUUGAGUCAACGAUAAGAGGAGCGUGGAGAAACGCAGUAGAAGAGGAAUCUACAUCGAUUUUCAUGAGCAUAGCACAGGGCGUUGGGAAGUUGAAGCAGUUUGGUGGCAUAUUUUCAUACUUGACUUCGAAAUGGGCUCUGACUACCUUUACUGUCGCAAUCAUCCUCAACCGCACACAAUUCUAUGCGUCCACGCGCGAGACUCUUCGACUACGAUUUCACCUGCGCCUCGUCCUGUACUCGAUACCCAUCAUGCUAUUCCUGACGCAGCUGGUGACCAUCUUGCAAGCCAUGAGAUGUCAGACCUCACCGGACUUUCCACAGCUGCGAUAUGGUGACCCACUCAAACAGCUAUCGAUCGACUUUGCUGGCGAAGGCGGCUUCCUCUAUGAUCUAAACACCAAACUACUGUUUUGGCAGGACGAUGCAAGCUGCUGCAAUGCAAGAAGAAUGUCACUGGUGGGCAUGGACGACGAUAGGAGCGGCCUUCGUGGCUCAAUGUCACUUCUGUACUGCUUCUUCCUCGCCCUGUGCACGAGCCAGUUCUUCGAAACUCUGACUUGUGCGCUGCAAGGCAAACAGCCAAUGCCUGAGACUGGCAUGACCAUCUUUGAACACUCUCUGGCCUUUGCAGAAUGCGAAGCCAUGAUCAGCAGCGCACUUGGAUUCGGCUUUUUCGGACUGAAGAGCGCUGAUGGCUCAGGAUCGUCAACAGAGAACUCGGGCCCACUAAUCAUGAGAUCAGAACUUCUGCAGAGGCUCAACGUGCCUCCGGAAGUGCUCCUGGUAUGCCUGAUAUCCUGCUUCAGCCACCUCUCCAGUGCUUUCCUGGCGACUUUAAACAUCAGACACCGAGUGCGGCUUGUCAACACCGCUAUCUGGGCGUGUUGUUACAUGGCAGCGUUUUUCUGGAGCUUCAGCAAGAUCUGGUACGGUCCCUUGGACCAUGUUGCCGAUCUUGGAGUGUUACGCUUCCCGACUGUCUGCGUCGUCGGCUUCAUCCCGCACCUACUCAUAUUGAUUGGCAUAGUUAUAUGCUCAGUCAUCUACGGCAUAGCAAUUCUCAUCACCGCACUUUCAAUACCACCAGAUGCCGCGGAAGGCCUGUCAAUCAAGCAGCGAUUUGCUUGGGCAUUCAACAACUUGCAGGCCAAUGUCCAGUUCUCGUCGAACCCAUCCAUUCGGAUUAAGAUGUCCGAGGACUUCUACACGACUUUGUUGAAGAUUGGCUUCAAUGUGUUGACAGCUGCUAGUGAAGCGGUUUAUCUCAAUGAAGGCAGCCGCGUGCACAUAGCACAGAUGACAUGGCUGGAGCAGAAGCGUAUUGAUGAGAUUUCAGCCUCUAUGCAAGCACGAAAGGCGCCUGCAGUGCCGUCUGAAUUGCUGGGCGACGGCAUUGCCAGAGGAGUUGGUUACAUUGACCACCAGAAUGUCGCGAUUGGGCAGUCACCAUACGCACGAGAACGCAAAUCAAAGCCAACGAAGAAGCCGGAUGGAGAGCGACCAGCUGGAGCAGACUUGGACAGUGGUCUCGGAUUGUCACAGAGGCGAAGCCGCAUGCAGUUGACCUUCGACUUCAUCUCAGGUAUAUCCUGGCUUGUGAUUGGUCUUCAAGCACAGCUUGCGCUCAACAUGCUACACAAGCUAGGCAUUGAGCACAGGCCGGCAUGGCUUCUCAAGGCUGCGGGCAUCGUCGAACGACAACGGAAACCAUCUGCGCAUGACCGCCCGCGGAAGUCUGACAUGCUGGACUUCUACGUCUUGGAUGCCAAGGGCAAUCCCGUGAUUCCUCGUGUCGAAGACCUCGACGUAGAAUCGGAGAUGAGAAGAAGAGCUCAACAUUCAAAAAGCCCUCGAGGUCUGGCGGGCGUUGACGAUGAACUGUACAACUGGUGGCGACGUGGUGGCCGCUUUGGCGAUAUCGAUCAAAGCGGCGACUACGCUGCUUCAACGGCUAGUCAAGACGAUGACCUGACGAGUGUCAUCUCCGUGUCCACCAAUGCGAGCGAGAUCGAUGAGCAAGAAGAUAGCGGGCGAAGAACACCAACUCAGCGGGAUCCAUACGCCGACUGGUUGAGUCGAGAGGGCACGCCUGCAACAUCAGAUGCAGGUAUUGACCUGAGCAUCCUGUCGCGCCUUCUCAAUCCGCAGUCCUCUGACGACCGCGCAGAAGCAAGACUGCUCUCCCACACCCUGCAAUCGAACCGCCCGUUGACACGAAGUCAGUAUCGACGCACAACAGACCGACAACGCGGCGAACUCCUCAACGGCCUUCGCUCCGCCUCAAAAGCAUCUGCAUCAUCACCUUCCAUCACCCCCGAAGACGAAGAAGCAGACCUCGAGAACUUCAUCAUCGGCCAGCGCCAAAAGUCCAAAGCUCGAGCGCAGAAGUCCGGGACUUGGGAGUCUGGCGCGGAAGGCAUGGGAGAAGGUGGACCACAGUGUGUGGUCUGCCAGAGUACGCCGCGGACGAUCCUGGUGUGGCCUUGCGGCUGUUUGAGUAUGUGUGAUGACUGCAGAGUUGGGCUUGCGGCGAGAAACUACACCAAGUGCAUUUGCUGUCGGACGGAUAUCGCGGCGUACUCGAGGUUGUAUGUACCUUAG